UGUUCGUUCCGGAAAUGACGUCGCUCCAGAAGUCGCUCCGUUGCUAUGGGUGUUCUCGUGCUGUGUGAUCAGCGAUAGAAGAAAUAAAUGAACAAGCAAACAAAGAGUGAGUUUGUCAGGAUGAAGUGAUCACAUCGUGAGCUCGCACUGCAGGUGGAGUGUGUGUGUGUGUGUGUGUGUGUGUGUGUGUGCGCGCGCGCGUGUGUUGUGUGCGUGUGUUGUGUGCGUGUGUGUGUGCGCGUGUGUGUGUGUGAUGGCUGGUAAAGUGAAGUGGGUGACAGACAUUGAGAAAUCGGUGCUGAUCAAUAACUUUGAGAAGAGAGGCUGGAUCCAAGUGACCGACAGCGAUGACUGGAACUUCUACUGGAUGAGUAUCCAGACCAUCAGGAACGUCUUCAGCGUGGACACCGGCUACCGGCUGUCAGAUGAUCAGAUGGUCAAUCACUUCCCCAACCACUACGAGCUGACCCGAAAAGAUCUGAUGAUCAAAAACAUCAAGCGCUACAGGAAAGAGCUGGAGAAAGAGUGCAGUCCACUGGCAGAGAAGGAUGAGAGUGGAAAACACAUCCACCUGGAUUUCGUGCCGGUGACGUUCAUGUUGCCGUCGGACUACAAUCUGUUCGUGGAGGAGUUCAGGAAGAGUCCGUCCAGCACGUGGAUCAUGAAGCCGUGUGGAAAAGCUCAGGGGAAAGGCAUCUUCCUCAUCAACAAACUCUCUCAGAUCAAGAAAUGGUCUCGAGACAGUCGCACGUCCACGUUCGUGGCAGCAAACAGUGGGAAGGAAGCGUAUGUCAUCUCGUUAUACAUUGACAAUCCUCUGUUGAUCGGAGGGAAGAAGUUUGACUUGCGUCUGUACGUGUUGGUCACCAGCUAUCGACCUCUCAAGUGUUACAUGUAUAAACUGGGCUUCUGUCGCUUCUGUACGGUGAAAUACACGCCCAGCACCAGUGAACUGGACAACAUGUUCGUCCACCUCACCAACGUUGCCAUCCAGAAGCACGGCGGCGACUAUAAUCACGUCCACGGAGGAAAGUGGACGGUCAGUAACCUGCGUCUGUAUCUGGAGAGCACCAGAGGACACGACGUCACGAAUCACCUGUUCGAUCAGAUCCACUGGAUCAUCGUCCAAUCACUGAAAGCAGUAGCUCCGGUCAUGAACAAUGACAAGCACUGCUUCGAGUGUUAAGGUUAUGACAUCAUCAUCGAUGACAAACUCAAACCGUGGCUGAUCGAGGUGAACGCGUCUCCUUCUCUGACCUCCAGCACAGCCAACGACCGGAUCCUGAAGUACAACCUCAUCAACGACACGCUGAACGUCGUCACGCCCAACGGUGAAAUCCCAGAGUGCCGCUGGAACCGCAGCCUGCCCAGAGAGGCUCUGGGACACUACGACGUGCUUUACGACGAAGAGCAGGCCAUGAGCGAGAGCGCCGAGCGUGACCUCCGGGGCCGAUCGGGUCAGUCAUCGGGGUCAAAGGGCACGAGAUCCAGCAGCGUCCGCCCUUUCCCAGCCACCUGGAAGUGAUGUCAGCUGACCACGGCCCUUCAAUCUGGAGUGACGAGAGACUUCAGAAGAGUUCGGACCCUGCAUGAUCUGACCGAUAGAUCUAUGAACGUGUGUGCCGCACAAACCCUGUUCGCAUGAUACCAACGUGCCUGUACAGGCAAUUCUGACAUCUGAAACGUUUGAAGAAAAGGUUUACAGUAGAAAUACAGUGAAAUACGAAAGCAACACACUGGACCACAUGGUUUAGUUCACCCAAAAAUUAAAAUUCUGUCAUCUUUCGCUCAGCCUCGUGUCAUUUCAUACCUGUAGAAAUGACUUGGAAGAAUGUUUGCCAUUUUCAAUUCUGUGACAUCAUUGACUGCCAUAGUAGGAGAAAUGAAAUGCUAGUCAAAGGUGCCCCAGAACUGUUUGUUCAGAACAAAAAGAGAUAGAAUAUUUGUUUUCCUACUGUGCUCGUGGAUGAUGUCACUGAACUGAAAAUGGCUAACAUUCUUACAAAUAUCUUUCUUUGUGUUUAACAGAACAAAGACAUUUAAACAGGUUUAAAACAACCUGAGGGUGAGUAAAUGAUCAUUUUUGAGUGAACUAACCCUUUAAGUGUUAUUUUAAGCUAUUUUAAAUGUUUGUAUAUGUAAGUUUGUCUAAUUUCUUGUUUAUUUAUUUGUUACAGCACACAAAUGUGUGUCGAGAGCCUACUGUAUGAAAUACGCUAUUGAUCUCAGUGUGCAGAUUGUGUUCUCUUGAAGCGAUCUAAAGUUAUAACUCGCACCAAGUGUCUCUCUUUUUGAAAAUAAAAGAACACAAUCGAAAUGAAUGAAAAAGACAAAAUAUCAACGUGCAGUAUUCUCGUUGAACACAUACAACAGUGUCUUAUCUAGACUGUUUAUUUGAAAUGUGUGUAUUUUUAUAUGGCUUUAGGUUGUAAAAUAUCACCAGGGGAAUUCACACAACCAGAGUAAUGCGUGUACUGGAUGGGAUUUAGAGUGAAUAGAAUACUUGAUUGUCGUUGAAAUACCAUAUUUUGCAGUCUCCAUGGUAGUGCACAUAUAGAAUCACAAUGAGACACGUAAACAAUAUGUAUAAAGGGCAUGAGAAACGAAAAAUGUAUGAAAGUGAACAAUUUUGACGUAAUCAUAAUAAAUGUAGAAUCGUUUUUUUAGACUGAAAUUACUGUAGUAUGGUACAUACAGAAUAAUAAGAAUAAAAUAAAUAAUAGAAAUAAUCUAUAAUAAAUUACAUUUGUUUGAAACGAACUAACACAUUUGUCAAAUUGUCAAAAAAUCAAUACUCUUUUCAAUAUAAUGUGUAUGAAAGGGGAAACGGUCUUGCAACUACAGAAGGACGUAAAUAAAUACAAUUGUUAAAGAUAAGCCACUUUUAUUUACGGCUCUCACUUAAUCCAUGGUGUUUCGAGUCAGAUUCGUGGGCGUGGCUUGUUGGUUUUGACUAAAUCCUUGGUGUUUCAAGUCUUAAGAAGCCUUUACCCUAACCUUACUCUAACCAUCUAAACUACCUAUGAUUGUUAAAACUGCCAAAAAACA